GUUGCACUAACUUUUCCAUCAUUUCUCGUUUGUUGAAAGGCGCAAUGGCGCUCUCUCGUCGUCUAUUAGUUAACAUUGUACUUCUAUGUUUACUAGUCGGUGAGGGAUGCAGUUGGCGCUAUGGUUGCGGGUUGCUAAGUUUUCUAUGUCCUCCUGUCGACCGUUGCGAGUACACUACUCCGUUAGGUAUAUGCAUCAGCGCAGAAGAGGAAACAGCACAUCAUGCAGUUGACCAGAAGGUUGUUCCGUCUGUUGCUGCCAAUAUGGUCGACUCUUUUGGUUAUGAUCGACACGAUCAGCUUCAAAGGGUGAGAACUCGAGUGAGAGUGAGGUCGGUAGAGUUGAAGGAAGGUAAACGGCACAGAAUGAAACGAGAUGCUUAUCGAAAUGGAGGCAGCGAGAGAUACGUUUAUGUUAUGUUUGAUCUCGAAGGAUGUCAGAGUUGUGUCAAUGAGAUGACUGACAGUGAAGCACAAAACUUUGUAGUCAAACUUGCUAACCACAUGAAGGUGCCAGAUUCGUUAUUUUUGGAAAUCAGUGGGAAUAAUAAUAUUGUUACGUUUCGUAUUGGCAACAAUGGACAUGAUAUGCAACCUGAAGAUAUUGUGCAGCAAAUCUCCAUCUCGAAGUCUGGUGUCGAACACAUUACUGGUUAUAUCAUCGCUGAUGUUGGAACCACAGACAAGCCAUCAAGCAUGAUGAUUCAAGAGUCCAUCGAAGAGCAAUCUUUCAAUGAUGUUCUUAUGCUUCUGGCGUACAUUGGUGCAUCAGUAGCUGUGCUUGGAGUUGUUAUCUUUUUACUUAUAUUUGCCAUUAAAAGAAGAACUCGUAGUGUGAAAAGACUUAGUCCCGGGACUUUUCAUGUGUAUGGUCAUGAUGAUCAUCAAUAUGUUGAGUUGUGUCGCAAUCGUUUCCAAGUCUUGGACAGUGAUCAGUUGGGUAUGGCUAAAUCCCCCACCGAGGAGAUAAGGAUAUCCAAACUAAACACUGAAUUUGUCUCUCCAUGUAAUGAAGAGCAAGCAAAGGGUCACAUGGAUGUCAAUGUAGGGCAUAUUGUAUUGUCAUAUCUGGAAGAACAUCUCAAGAAUACAGAUAAAAUUGACAAGGAAUGGCAGGAGUUGUGUAUAUAUCAGUGUGAUCAGUACUCUGUGGACGCUGCUUUGAGUCCCAAGAACAGAGAAAAGAACAGAUACCAGGAUGUGUUGCCUUAUGACCACAGUCGAGUUACUCUGGACAUCAUUGACAACCAAUCAAACUCUGAUUAUAUCAACGCAUCAUACAUCUGUGAUGAUAAUCCAUGGAAGCCUUUGCAUGUUGCAACUCAGGGGCCAUUGCGUGGUACCGUGUGCGACUUCUGGCAGAUGGUGUGGGAGACACGAUGUACAUCAAUUGUGAUGCUGACAGAAUGCUGUAGCUUAGGAUUGCCACAGUGUCAUCAAUAUUGGCCGGAAACUGAAUCGGCAACAUACCACAUUUAUCAGGUUCACUAUAGUUCAGAACAUGCUUUGUUUCACGAUUAUGUUGUUCGUGAUUUUUAUCUGAAAAAUCUGAAGACUCAAGAGUCUCGAACUGUGACUCAAUUCCACUUUUUGAGUUGGCCAAGCCUUGGAGUCCCGCAACAUCCUAUUACUCUUCUUGAGUUUCGAAGGAGAGUGAACCGAUCGUUCUCAGGUCAAGACAGUCCUAUCAUUGUCCAUGACAGUGCUGGCAUUGGGCGGACGGGUACGUACAUCUUGAUUGAUAUGGUGCUGAGACGAAUAGAGAAGACAGGGUCGAAGUUGAAGCAGAUUGACUUGGCUGCGACUGUUGAACAUUUGAGGGAUCAGAGAAUGGAUAUGGUUAAGACAAAGGAUCAGUUUGAGUUUGCUGUCAAGGCAUUAGCUGAAGAAGUUAAAGCGAUUGUUCUUGCGAUGCCUUCAGUAGGCAGUGCAAACGAGAAACUUGUUGAUAAUAAGUAAAACCUCACGAGUGAGACACUACAGUGAGUGGCAGGCAUUAGGUAGUUGUUUAUUUGUACAUCAAUUGUGUACAAUUUUCUAUAGUUUAUUACUCAUAGUGAGUUAAGUUUAGUCAUUAGGUUUGAUAAACGCAACUAACUGGUGACUUUCACUGAG